CGCCGCAACCCCCGGGGCCGGCCAGUGAUGCAACGCCCCGAGGCCAAUCGCGGUGCCCCCCGGCCAUGACGUCACGGCGAGGUCAGCCAAUGGGCGCAGGCAUGAGUGCCGCUUCCGGCCCGCCCCCACCCACCGAGCGCCUGUGGGAGGGUCCGGCCACCGAGCCGCUGCAUAGAGACAGGCGCCCACCCGGUGCGGGUGCCCCGGCGGCCGGUCGUUGCUGGCUAGCCUCACCACUGCCAUGCCCGCCUCGGUGCUGUGGGCAGUGGACCUGUUCGGGCACGUGUACACGCUUUCCACCGCCGGACAGUACUGGGAGCCCUGCCGGGACACCCAGCUGGAGUUCAAGCGGGUCAGCGCCGUGCGGCAGUGCUGCUGGGGGAUCGCUGCUGACAACCAGGUCUACGUGUACGUGUGCGCCAGUGACGUCCCCAUCCGGCGCCGGGAGGAGGCCUAUGAGAACCAGCGCUGGAACCCUGUGGGCGGCUUCUGUGAGAAGCUCCUGCCAAGUGACCGCUGGCCGUGGAGCGACGUGAGUGGGCUCCAGCACCAGCCGCUAGACUGGGUGGCGCUGCCCUCACCCCACUGGGAGUGGGAGUCGGACUGGUACGUGGAUGAGAACUUUGGAGGGGAGCCCACCGAGAAAGGGGGGUGGACGUAUGCCAUCGACUUCCCUGCCACCUACACCAGGGACAAGAAGUGGAACUCCUGCGUGCGGCGGCGGAAGUGGAUCCGGUACAGGAGAUACAAGUCCCGAGACACUUGGGCCAAGAUCCCUUCAAAGGACGACCCCAAGCAGCUGCCUGACCCCUUCAAUGACCUGUCUGUGGGCGGGUGGGAGAUCACGGAUGAGCCCGUGGGCCGCCUGUCGGUGUGGGCUGUGUCUCUGCAGGGAAAGGUGUGGUACAGAGAGGACGUCAGCUACCCCAACCCCGAGGGCUCCUCAUGGUCCCUUGUGGACACCCCGGGGGAGGCGGUCCAGAUCAGCUGUGGGCCCCACGAUCUCCUUUGGGCCACGCUCUGGGAGGGGCAAGCCCUGGUUCGGGAAGGCAUCAGCAGGCACAAUCCCAAAGGAAGUUCCUGGUCCAUUGUAGAGCCACCUGUGGCUGAAAACGGGAUCAUGCACGUCUCAGUGGGCGUCAGCGUGGUCUGGGCUAUCACCAAAGACCGGAAGGUGUGGUUCCGGAGAGGCAUCAACUCGCACAAUCCUUGUGGCACCAGCUGGAUUGAGAUGGUUGGAGAAAUGGUGAUGGUGAACGUGGGACUCAGCGACCAGGUCUGGGGCAUCGCCUGUGAGGACCGGGCCAUGUACUUCCGGCAGGGCGUCACCCCCAGUGAGCUCAGUGGAAAGACGUGGAAGGCCAUCGUCGCUGGCCGGGAGUGUGACCGGUCACACUCGGGCAGCUCAUCCAGCCUCCUCAGCGCCGGCUGCUUCUUUGGCGAUGAGGUGAGGGGCAGUGGUGAGUCUUCUGCCCCCAGCGACACCGACGCCUCCUCAGAAGUGGAUCGACCAGGACCCAACCAUCCUCACCCUGCAGACUCUUUGGACAGCUCUAGGAGCUACAAGGGCAACCCGGCCUUAGGUCCAAGGCCUGGCAGGCCCACAGCUGGGGCAGAGGAGAAGGCUGACAAGGCCGAGGGCCCAGGAGGCGAGCCUCGGUCCGGCCCAGUCUGUGCCCCAGCAGAGCUGCCCUGGACCAACAUCGACCUGAAGGAGCCCAGGAGGGUGCCUGGCCACUCAACACCUGGCCUCCCUGAGACCCCUGGCCUCCCCUCCCUGGGGCUCCUGCCGCUGGGCCUGGAGGAGCCCUACGGCGCUGACGAUCACCCACUGUGGGCCUGGGUGUCUGGAGGAGGCUGCGCUGUAGAGGCCCACACGGCACUCAAGUGGUUCUCUGCCCAGUCAGGCCUGUCCCCAGCCAUGCAGACGCUGGCCCCACCCGUGACACCGGCCCAGACUGCUGCCUGGAGGAAGCAGAUUUUCCAGCAGCUCACAGAGCGGACCAAGCGGGAGCUAGAGAACUUCCGGCACUAUGAGCAGGCAGUGGAGCAGUCGGUGUGGGUGAAGACAGGGGCGUUGCAGUGGUGGUGCGACUGGAAGCCCCACAAGUGGGUGGACGUGCGUGUGGCCCUGGAGCAGUUCACAGGGCAUGACGGGGCAAGGGACAGCAUCCUGUUCAUCUACUAUGUGGUCAACGAGGAGAAGAAGUACAUCCACCUGUUCCUCAAUGAGGUGACAGUGCUGGUACCAGUCCUGAAUGAGGCCAAGCACUCCUUCGCCCUGUACACGCCCGAGAGGACCCGGCAGAGGUGGCCUGCACGCCUGGCUGCCGCCACCGAGCAGGAGAUGAACGACUGGCUGGCCCUGCUCAGCCUAUCCUGCUGCGAGAGCCGGAGGGUGCACGGCCGUCCCUCCCCCCAGGCUAUCUGGUCCGUCACCUGCAAAGGGGACAUCUUUGUGAGCGAUCCCAGCCUCGACCUGGAGGCCCCUGAGCACCCACUGCCCUGCGACCAGAUGUUCUGGCGGCAGAUGGGUGGUCACUUGCGAGUGGUGGAGGCCAGCAGCCGUGGCGUGGUAUGGGGCCUUGGCUAUGACCACACAGCCUGGGUGUAUACCGGCGGCUAUGGCGGAGGCUGCUUCCAAGGUCUGGCCAGCAGCACCAGCAACAUCUACACGCAGUCGGAUGUGAAGUGUGUCUACGUCUAUGAGAACCAGCGCUGGAACCCGGUCACUGGCUACACCAGCAGAGGUCUGCCCACUGACCGGUACAUGUGGAGCGAUGCCUCAGGGCUGCAGGAGCGCACGAAGGCCAGCACGAAGCCGCCCUCGCCUCAGUGGACCUGGGUCUCUGACUGGUACGUGGACUUCAGCGCUGCUGGGGGCACCGACCAGGAGGGAUGGCAGUAUGCCAGUGACUUUCCUGCCUCAUACCACGGGUACAAGACCAUGAAGGACUUCGUCAGGAGACGGUGCUGGGCCAGAAAAUGCAAGCUGGUGACCAGCGGGCCCUGGCUGGAAGUGGCCCCCAUCGCCCUGGGGGAUGUGUCCAUCAUCCCCGAGAGCCCGGGCGCCAAGGGCAGCAUCGCCCUGUGGGCCGUCAGUGACAAGGGGGACGUGCUGUGUCGCCUGGGUGUGUCCGAGCUCAACCCUGCGGGCUCCUCCUGGCUGCACGUGGGCACUGACCAGCCCUUCGCCUGCGUCUCCGUGGGUGCCUGCCACCAGGUGUGGGCCGUGGCCCUCGAUGGCUCUGCCUUCUACCGCGGCUCCGUGUCCCCUUCCCAGCCGGCCGCUCAACUCCACAAGUGUUUGCCGAAUGCUGCCCCUGGGCCAGGACCCCUCACAGAGGCUGCACCCACCCCCCUCCGCUGGGGUGGCUACAGGGCGGUCCCCUCGGUGACGGCCCUGCAGCUCCUCCUGCCCUGGGCGUUGCUCUCUGCCUCUCCUGCCCCCGAUGCUCUUUCCCAGAUGUUCCUGUGUUAUCCAGAGGGUACACGUGCCCCCCCCACCCCCGUGCCUCCAUCCCUCCGCCCGGUGGCACACCCAGUGGAUGCAUCUGGCCACUUGCUCGCUGUGUUUCUCCCCCUGGGAGGUGACUGCUGGUACCACAUCCCGUCCCCCUCUAAACAGAGGCUGAAGCAGGUGUCUGUCGGGCAGACGUCCGUGUAUGCCUUGGACGAGAAUGGGAACCUGUGGUACCGCCAAGGGAUCACCCCCAGCUACCCGCAGGGCUCCAGCUGGGAGCACGUAUCCAACAAUGUGCGCAAAGUGUCCGUGGGGCCCCUGGACCAGGUCUGGGUCAUCGCCAACAAAGUCCAGGGGAGCCACAGCCUGAGCCGGGGGACGGUGUGUCACCGCACAGGGGUGCAGCCCCAUGAGCCCACUGGGCAGGGCUGGGACUACGGCAUAGGGGGUGGCUGGGACCACAUCUCCGUCCGGGCCAACGCCACCAGAGCCCCCAAGAGUGGGUCCCAGGAGACCGGCGCACCCCUGGAAGAGGCAUGCAGUGGUCCUGUACAAUGCUGAGGCCCCUGGGAGCUGGCAGUGCAGGGGAAUGAGGAGGCAGGUCACCUGAGCCUGCCAGCCCCCUGUCCUAUACUGAGAUUGGGUGUGGCAGUGUUGCCAGGCUGGGACCAGGCACCAGAAGAGCCCAGAAUGUGAAGCUUUGGGGAAGCCCCCAUGCCCCCAAUUGGGGAGGAGUGCCUUGGACUAGAGGGGCCUGGCCCCUCCCACCCCCUCUCCUCUGUGCCCCCCACCUUUCCAGGACCAGAACCUGGGACCAUCUAAGAACGCAGAGCCCCAUGCCCGUCCCACAGACCCUGGGAAGGAGCCCCCCCCAGCCAGUCACCACAUCUCCCCCAUACUUCCUGUUCCCCCAGAGAGAAGGUCCAUGAGGCUCAGGGUCACUGCGGCAUGCGCUGCGAUUAUUCCUCAGAGCGGGACGUGCAGAAAGGGUGGCAUUUCAGAACUUCAGGAAGGAGGUGGCUGAUUGGAAAUGCAUGCUAGGGAGUGGGGGUGUCCUCUUCCCCAGGGUGGGUGCGGGUCCCUACUCCAGGGAUGGAGACCACCCAGGCCUGGGAGGAGGCAGCCCAUCCUUCACAGAAUAUGGGUUAGUUGUUAACCCUCCGUCAGCCUUUCUCCCAGAUGUGUUUGGGGGGCUUGCGGACGGACGAGUGCAGGGGCAGAUGGGUGGCCGGCUGGUGUCCUUUUACGUGGCAUCAUGUUGAGUAGGGCCGGGUGGGGCUCUUUGGGCAACUGGGCCAAGGCACCUGCUGUGGGGCUCAGCGGGCACUGGGGGAAGGGCAGGACAUCAGCCAGGACCCUCACAGCCCAGCAGAGCACAGUCUACCUGGCAGAUGGUGGCCCUCCCCACCCUGCAGGUCUCUCUGCUGGUUAGCCAUGUACACCCUACUUGGUGAGUCCCAAGUUUGCUUCCUGCCAUGGACACUUUGCCCAGGAAGUUGUCAGCACUGAAGUCCGUCUGCCCCCUUGGACUGAAUGGCCAUCUGCAACCAGCCCCUCACAUGUGAGGAGGGAGCUGGCCGGCAUCCCGUUCUGUUCCCAUGUUGAGUGUUGGUGCCAGGACUGGACUCGGAGGAGGUGACAUGGGGUCACCCCCCACAGGCACUGAGGGACCUGGUGUCUCUACAUUUGCGUGUUUGGGGCGGGGGAGUGUGCCUGGCGCAAAGCUCUCCGACGAAUCACGUGGAAGGCGGACGGUGUCUGCUGUGGGGGACGGCCUCCUGUCCACUUACAUUUGUGUCAGGUUCCCGUCUAGUGGGCAUUCGGGCUCUGUCCUAAGAGGACUGCAGCCCACUGUGACUGCCAUCAAGUAGGUGGCUCUCAGUGAAGCCCCCUUCCCGGGGCACCCACAUCUCUACCCCACUGAGUGCCGAGGGUCUGCCUGCCCAGCUGCACCAGCCGCCCCACUUCCUCAGAUAAAUGUACAAUAAACGUUCAGUGAGAUGCA